AUGUUGUCGAAUAAGUAUCAGAAAGUUCUGUAUGAUGUUCCUGCUCAUGAUUUUCAAAUUCUCGAUGAUGAUCAUGAAUAUACAAUGACAAGUGAAAUCAACCGUUCGAUAUCUUCAUCCUGCUAUCGUCAUAUUUACUGGUCAACUGUCGCUGAAUCUGGUCUCAUAACUCAACAAGCAAGUUUAAUUGUGUUGUUUGCAAUUCUAUUUAUUCAUCUGGAUGCAAAUGAUCUUCAACCGAAAAAUAUUCUAUUUAUCAAUGCAUUAAUUGGUAUUAUUGGUUUGUUUCUUUAUCGCAGACGGAUCAGCAUAAAAUCAUUACAGGAAAAUUUGAAAACUCUAUCAAUCUUUCUUUUGUUUGGAUCUUUGGUUUCGCCUGUUGUGUUUACUCUAACUAAAACCAUUAGUACAGAUACUAUCUAUGCAAUGAGUACAUUAAUGAUGUUAACUCAUUUGAUAUUUUAUGAUUAUGGAGCUGAAACGGCAAUGGUUCAAAAAGCAUUAUCAUUCAGUGUAGCGUUAUUUUCCUCUGUUUGUCUUGCAUCACGUUUGUCAACGUCAUUCCAUACAUUUUGUUUGGUUACAUCGGCUGUAUUAGUGUUUGCCCUUUGGCCAGAGUUACGAAAAUAUAUCAAAGAAUCUAGUUUCGAAAUCUUUUCAAUUUUAACUGUUGUGCAUAUAUUCGCUUGUGUGAUACUUUUAUCUCGUCUUUCAAUCUUACAUACGAUACUUUACUCAUUGGCGGUUCUUUGUCUGACAUUCCUUUGUCCAUUAUGGCUGGUUUCGUUACAAAAAUAUAAAAUAUCUAUUCGUGGUGCAUGGGAAGAGGCUGUUGUUCCAGAGCAAGUUAAAGAUAAAUUUGCAUGA